AUCACAUAUUUGAAAAAGUAAAUCCUGAGAUGGAAAAGCUGGGAUAUGAGUGCAAGUGCCUUGGAGGAGGGAAAAUUGAUCAUAACAGCAAAGACAAGAAAAUUAGGGUAUUUGGGCUCUCUACAGGCUAUGGAAAAGCAGAUCAUUCAGUAACUGUAGAGAUACUGAAAAAAGUGUAUACAGAUUAUGAAAUUACAUGGUCAGAUGACAAGAAAUAA